AUGGUCGUCUACUCGUUCUACAUCUUCGAUCGCCACGCGGAAUGCAUCUACAAGCGCCGCUGGCUUCCGCGGCCGACCUCCAUCGUGGGGAAGUCCCGAUCUGACACAGUCUCCGGCGCAGCACCGACCGGUCUCGGCCAGACAGUGCGAUCGACAGACGAUGAUUCGAAGCUAGUCUUCGGUACAGUAUUUUCGUUGCGGAAUAUGGUGCGGAAGCUAGGAGGUGACGACGACAACUUUGUGUCAUUCACCACCAGCCAGUACAAGCUUCACUACUACGAGACACCGACGAAUAUCAAGUUCGUCAUGCUGACAGACCUCAAGAGUCCCAGCAUGCGCAUCGCGCUGCAACAGAUCUAUAUCAAUCUGUUUGUGGAAUACGUGGUUAAAAACCCCCUUUCUCCGACCGAGCAUCCCGGCGGUGUGGGCGUGAACAACGAACUAUUCGAGGAAUCAUUGGAACAGUUUGUGACUCGAGUUUUGUCAUGA